AUGAGCCAAUCAGACAUGAACCAAUCAAGUUUACCAGACAUGAAGGAAACAGGCACAAGACAGCCAAGCAUAAGCUUAAUUGCUAUGAACCAACCGAGCACAAGCCUACAGGACAUGAACCAACUGGGCAUGAAGCAACAGGGUACGAGUGAACCACCCAUGAGGCAAUCAGGCACAAGCCUCCCAGACAUAAACCAACCCAGCAUGAAACAACCAGGCACAUGGCAACUAGGCCUGAGCCACCCAGGCAUGUGGCAACCAGGCCUGAGCCAACCAGUCCUGAGCCAGCCAGGCAUGUGGCAACCAGGCAUGAGCCAACCAGUCCUGGGCCAACCAGGCAUGUGGCAUCAAGGCAUGUGGCAAACAGGUCCAAGGCAACCAGGUACCAGCUCAUCAAGUAUGAGUCACUCAGGCAUGAGUCAGCUAGACAGGAGCCAAUCAGAUACAACUCUAUCAGGCACUAUACAACUAGGCUUGAGCCAAUCAAAUACAAGUCAACUAGACAUGAGUCAACUAGGUAGGAGCCAAUUAGGCAUGAGCCAACCAGGCAUGUGGCAACCAGGCAUGAGUCAACAAGUCUUGAGCCACCCAGGCAUGAGCCAAGCAGUCCUGAGCCACCCAGGCAUGUGGCAACCAGGCAUGAGUCAACCAGUCCUGAGCCACCCAGGUAUGUGGCAAACAGGCCCAAGGCAACCAGAUACCAGCUCAUCAAGUACAAAUCAAUCAGGCAUGAGUCACCAACCAGGCAUGUGGCAACAAGUACUGAGCCAACCAGCCAGGUGGCAACAAGUACUGAGCCACCUAGGCACGUGGCAACCAGUCCUGGGCCAACCAGGCAUGUGGCAGCCAGGUCCAAGACACCCAGAACUGAGCCAACUAGGCCUGAGUCAACCAAACAUGCAUUUUCUCCAAGUAAGACCUGCAGAACCUCGAGACUGCCCGGAAAUCCUGCGACUGAUUAAAGAAUUGGCUGCCUGUGAAGACAUGCUAGAUGAAGUGACAUUAACAGCAACUGAUUUACUCAGAGAUGGCUUUGGGAACAAUCCCCUUUUCUACUGCCUGAUUGCCGAAGUAUACAGUCAACAAAAACCAUCAGUGACCACUGGAUUUGCCAUGUACUACUUUACAUAUGACCCCUGGAUUGGUAAGUUACUUCACCUAGAGGACUUUUAUGUCAUACAAGCUUACCAAGGUCUAGGUAUUGGAGCAGAGUUGCUGAAGAGGCUAAGUCAGAUAGCCAUUAGAAGCCAAUGUAACUGCAUGCAUUUUCUCGUCGUCAUUUGGAACGAGGCUUCUGUUGAGUACUACACUCGUCGAGGGGCUUUAGACCUUUCCUCUGAAGAGGGCUGGCAUCUGUUCAGGUUUAACAGAGAAGAACUCCUGGACAUGGCAAGGGAAGAAUGAAAGAGGCCUCAUAACAACUUGUCCCAACCUAGCCUCCAACAUUUGAAUGUCAUCUAACAGCAGUUUGACUUUGAAUGUUGUACAAUACAGCAA